CCGGCGCCGUGCCAUGACGCCCUGAAUGCAUCCCCGGUGCGCUGCUGCAGGGUAACACCUGGACUGGACUCGCAGAACCUGGGAUGCCGGGGUGCCCACGAGGUCCUGGCUCGGCUUGCUGACGAGUGUAUUGCUGCUGGAGGCUUCUCACAUGCGUCAGGAUCGCUCCCAGGGAAUUCCUACGUAAUUCUACAGAAACUGAUGAUUCAGACAUUCUAAGUGAAACCCACCAAAGUCAUCUACCAAAAUGGUGGCCCUGUCCUUAAAGAUUUGUGUCCGCCACUGCAACGUGGUGAAGACCAUGCAGUUUGAACCAUCCACGGCCGUGUACGAUGCUUGCCGGGUCAUUCGAGAACGGGUGCCUGAGGCGCAAGCCGGGCAAGCUUCUGACUACGGCUUGUUUCUGUCCGAUGAAGACCCCAGGAAAGGGAUCUGGCUGGAAGCAGGCAGGACGCUGGAUUACUACAUGUUGCGGAACGGGGAUAUUUUGGAAUACAAGAAGAAGCAGAGGCCUCAGAAGAUCCGGAUGCUCGACGGCUCCGUGAAGACAGUCAUGGUGGACGACUCCAAGACAGUGGGAGAGCUCCUGCUCACCAUCUGCGGCAGGAUAGGAAUAACGAAUUAUGAAGAAUACUCUUUAAUCCAAGAAACCAUUGAAGAGAAGAAAGAAGAAGGGACAGGUACACUCAAAAAGGACAGGACGUUGUUACGGGAUGAGAGAAAGAUGGAGAAGUUGAAGGCCAAGCUUCACACGGAUGACGACCUGAAUUGGCUGGAUCACAGCCGAACGUUCCGAGAACAAGGCGUCGAUGAGAACGAGACGUUGCUGCUGAGACGGAAGUUCUUCUACUCCGACCAGAACGUGGACUCGAGAGACCCGGUGCAGUUGAACCUGCUUUAUGUCCAGGCUCGGGACGACAUCCUGAAUGGCUCCCACCCGGUUUCCUUCGAGAAGGCCUGUGAGUUUGGAGGAUUUCAAGCCCAGAUACAAUUUGGACCCCAUGUGGAGCAUAAACACAAGCCUGGAUUCUUAGACCUAAAGGAAUUCCUACCCAAAGAAUACAUCAAGCAGAGAGGAGCUGAAAAGAGGAUAUUUCAGGAACAUAAGAACUGUGGAGAGAUGAGUGAAAUAGAAGCCAAGGUCAAGUACGUGAAACUUGCCCGGUCCCUCCGGACCUACGGGGUGUCGUUUUUCCUGGUGAAGGAGAAGAUGAAAGGCAAGAACAGGCUGGUGCCUCGCCUGCUGGGCAUCACCAAGGACUCGGUGAUGCGCGUGGACGAGAAGAGCAAGGAGGUGCUUCAGGAGUGGCCGCUCACCACCGUCAAGCGCUGGGCAGCCUCACCCAAGAGCUUCACACUGGACUUUGGCGAGUACCAGGAAAGUUACUACUCAGUACAGACCACCGAAGGAGAGCAGAUAUCCCAGCUGAUUGCAGGGUACAUUGACAUCAUCCUCAAGAAGAAACAAAGCAAAGAUAGAUUUGGUCUGGAAGGUGACGAGGAGUCGACUAUGUUAGAAGAGUCAGUUUCCCCAAAAAAGUCUACCAUCCUGCAGCAGCAGUUCAACCGCACCGGGAAGGCCGAGCACGGCUCCGUGGCGCUGCCCGCAGUAAUGCGCUCCGGCUCCAGCGGACCCGAGACUUUCAACAUCGGCAGCAUGCCCUCGCCGCAGCAGCAAGUCAUGGUCGGACAGAUGCACCGAGGCCACAUGCCUCCGCUGACCUCGGCCCAGCAGGCCCUCAUGGGGACCAUCAACACAAGCAUGCACGCCGUCCAGCAGGCGCACGAUGACCUCAGUGAGCUCGACUCAUUGCCCCCGCUUGGCCAAGACAUGGCGUCUCGGGUCUGGGUUCAGAACAAAGUGGAUGAAUCCAAACACGAAAUCCAUUCUCAAGUCGAUGCUAUUACAGCCGGAACGGCGUCAGUUGUUAACCUCACGGCUGGUGACCCCGCAGACACUGACUACACAGCUGUGGGCUGCGCCAUCACCACGAUUUCUUCCAACUUGACGGAGAUGUCCAAGGGCGUGAAGCUGUUGGCGGCCCUCAUGGACGAUGAGGUGGGCAGCGGGGAGGACCUGCUGCGAGCCGCGAGGACCCUCGCCGGGGCCGUGUCUGACCUGCUGAAAGCUGUGCAGCCUGCUUCUGGAGAGCCCCGACAGACUGUUUUGACCGCUGCUGGAAGCAUUGGCCAAGCCAGCGGGGAUCUUCUCAGACAGAUCGGAGAGAACGAGACGGACGAGCGCUUCCAAGAUGUCUUAAUGAGCUUGGCCAAAGCGGUCGCCAACGCCGCCGCCAUGUUGGUGCUCAAGGCCAAGAAUGUCGCGCAGGUGGCCGAGGACACCGUCCUGCAGAACAGAGUGAUUGCCGCCGCCACCCAGUGUGCCCUCUCCACCUCCCAGCUCGUGGCAUGUGCCAAGGUCGUGAGCCCCACCAUCAGCUCCCCGGUGUGCCAGGAGCAGUUGAUUGAAGCGGGGAAGCUGGUGGACCGCUCGGUGGAGAACUGCGUCCGCGCCUGCCAGGCGGCCACGGGCGACGGCGAGCUCCUGAAGCAGGUCAGCGCGGCCGCCAGCGUGGUCAGCCAGGCCCUGCACGACCUUCUGCAGCACGUGCGGCAGUUCGCCAGCCGCGGGGAGCCCAUCGGCCGCUACGACCAGGCCACGGACACCAUCAUGUGCGUCACCGAGAGCAUCUUCAGCUCCAUGGGCGAUGCUGGUGAGAUGGUGCGUCAGGCCCGGGUCCUGGCCCAGGCCACCUCCGAUCUCGUCAAUGCCAUGAGGUCAGAUGCAGAGGCUGAGAUCGACAUGGAGAAUUCAAAGAAGCUCCUGGCAGCCGCGAAGCUCUUGGCUGACUCCACGGCCCGCAUGGUAGAAGCCGCGAAGGGGGCUGCAGCCAACCCGGAGAAUGAAGACCAGCAACAGAGGCUGCGAGAAGCUGCAAAAGAGCUCCGAGUCGCCACCAACGCUGCUGCCCAGAACGCGAUUAAGAAAAAGAUUGUCAACCGGCUGGAGGUUGCAGCCAAGCAGGCCGCGGCUGCCGCCACGCAGACCAUCGCCGCCUCCCAGAACGCCGCCGUCUCCAACAAGAACCCUGCGGCCCAGCAGCAGCUGGUGCAGAGCUGCAAGGCGGUGGCAGAUCACAUCCCUCAGCUGGUGCAGGGGGUGAGAGGAAGCCAAGCCCAAGCGGAGGACCUCAGUGCCCAGCUGGCUCUCAUCAUCUCCAGCCAGAACUUCCUCCAGCCUGGAAGCAAGAUGGUAUCCUCCGCCAAGGCUGCGGUGCCCACCGUGAGUGACCAGGCCGCAGCCAUGCAGCUGAGCCAGUGUGCCAAGAACCUGGCCACCAGCCUCGCCGAGCUUCGCACUGCCUCACAGAAGGCCCAUGAAGCCUGUGGUCCUAUGGAAAUCGACUCAGCCCUAAACUCAGUGCAGACACUCAAGAAUGAGCUACAGGACGCCAAGAUGGCUGCGGCCGAGAGCCAGCUGAAGCCACUUCCUGGGGAAACGCUGGAAAAAUGUGCUCAGGACCUGGGCAGCACCUCCAAAGCAGUGGGCUCCUCCAUGGCACAGCUCCUCACCUGCGCCGCACAAGGCAAUGAGCACUACACAGGAGUGGCAGCUAGAGAGACAGCCCAAGCUCUGAAAACUCUGGCCCAGGCCGCCCGGGGGGUGGCCGCCUCCACCAACGACCCCGCGGCGGCGCACGCCAUGCUGGACUCUGCUCGGGAUGUCAUGGAGGGCUCCGCCAUGCUCAUCCAGGAAGCGAAGCAGGCCCUGGCCGCGCCUGGGGACGCCGAGAGUCAGCAGAGGCUAGCGCAGGUGGCCAAAGCCGUCUCCCACUCCCUGAAUAACUGCGUGAACUGCCUCCCCGGACAGAAGGAUGUGGACGUGGCCUUGAAGAGCAUUGGCGAGUCCAGCAAGAAGCUGCUCGUGGAUUCGCUCCCUCCAAGCACGAAGCCUUUCCAGGAAGCCCAGAGCGAGCUCAACCAGGCCGCCGCCGAUCUGAACCAGUCCGCGGGGGAGGUCGUCCACGCCACGCGAGGUCAGAGCGGGGAGCUGGCGGCAGCGUCCGGAAAGUUCAGUGACGACUUCGAUGAGUUUCUGGACGCGGGCAUUGAGAUGGCCGGCCAGGCGCAGACAAAAGAAGACCAGAUGCAGGUGAUAGGAAACCUCAAGAAUAUCUCCAUGGCAUCCAGCAAACUGCUGUUGGCAGCCAAGUCUCUUUCGGUAGAUCCCGGCGCUCCCAACGCAAAGAACCUUCUGGCUGCAGCUGCAAGGGCUGUGACCGAAAGCAUCAACCAGCUCAUCACCUUGUGCACUCAGCAGGCCCCCGGGCAGAAGGAGUGUGACAACGCCCUGCGGGAGCUCGAGACCGUCAAGGGGAUGUUGGACAACCCUAAUGAACCUGUGAGUGACCUCUCUUACUUUGACUGCAUCGAGAGUGUGAUGGAAAAUUCCAAGGUUCUGGGUGAGUCAAUGGCAGGGAUUUCACAGAAUGCCAAGAACGGAGACCUCCCUGCCUUUGGGGAGUGUGUGGGGAUUGCAUCCAAGGCUCUGUGUGGGCUGACUGAGGCUGCGGCCCAGGCGGCAUACCUAGUGGGCAUCUCUGAUCCAAAUAGCCAGGCAGGCCACCAAGGCCUGGUGGACCCCAUCCAGUUUGCCAGGGCCAACCAGGCGAUCCAGAUGGCCUGCCAGAACCUGGUGGACCCUGGCAGCAGCCCAUCACAGGUUCUUUCAGCCGCCACGAUCGUUGCCAAGCACACGUCAGCCUUGUGCAAUGCCUGCCGUAUCGCCUCAUCGAAGACAGCCAACCCCGUGGCCAAGAGGCACUUUGUCCAGUCGGCCAAGGAGGUCGCCAACAGCACCGCCAACCUUGUGAAAACCAUCAAGGCCCUGGAUGGGGAUUUUUCUGAAGAAAACCGCAAUAAAUGUCGCAUCGCUACCGCACCCUUGAUCGAAGCGGUGGAGAACCUGACGGCGUUCGCCUCCAACCCUGAGUUUGUCAGCAUUCCUGCCCAGAUCAGCUCUGAGGGCUCCCAGGCUCAGGAGCCAAUCCUGGUCUCAGCCAAGACCAUGCUAGAGAGCUCAUCAUACCUCAUCCGCACCGCCCGCUCUCUGGCCAUCAACCCCAAAGACCCACCCACCUGGUCCGUGCUGGCUGGACAUUCCCACACUGUGUCCGACUCCAUUAAGAGUCUCAUCACGUCUAUCAGGGACAAGGCCCCUGGGCAAAGAGAAUGUGACUACUCCAUCGAUGGUAUCAACCGGUGUAUCAGGGACAUCGAGCAGGCCUCACUGGCAGCGGUCAGCCAGAGCCUGGCCACGAGGGAUGACAUCUCCGUUGAGGCCCUGCAGGAGCAGCUGACCUCGGUGGUCCAGGAGAUCGGGCAUCUUAUUGAUCCCAUUGCCACAGCAGCUCGGGGAGAAGCUGCCCAGCUGGGUCAUAAGGUGACACAACUGGCGAGCUACUUUGAGCCCUUGAUCCUAGCUGCGGUGGGAGUCGCCUCCAAGAUCCUGGACCACCAACAGCAGAUGACGGUGCUGGAUCAGACCAAGACGCUGGCAGAGUCUGCUCUGCAGAUGCUCUACGCAGCCAAAGAAGGUGGAGGAAACCCCAAGGCGCAGCACACUCACGACGCCAUCACGGAGGCUGCCCAGCUGAUGAGGGAGGCCGUGGACGACAUCAUGGUGACCCUGAACGAAGCCGCCAGCGAGGUGGGACUGGUGGGCGGCAUGGUGGACGCCAUCGCGGAGGCCGUGAGCAAGCUGGAUGAAAGCACCCCUCCGGAGCCAAAGGGCACCUUUGUUGACUACCAGACGACUGUGGUUAAGUACUCCAAAGCCAUCGCCGUCACCGCUCAGGAAAUGAUGACUAAGUCGGUUACUAACCCGGAGGAGCUGGGAGGACUGGCUUCACAAAUGACCAGUGACUAUGGGCACCUGGCUCUCCAGGGCCAGAUGGCAGCAGCCACCGCCGAACCACAGGAGAUUGGGUUCCAGAUUCGCACACGUGUGCAGGACCUGGGCCACGGCUGUAUCUUCCUGGUGCAGAAGGCUGGGGCCCUCCAGGUGUGCCCCGCAGACAGCUACACCAAGAGGGAGCUGAUCGAGUGUGCCCGCGCUGUCACGGAGAAGGUAUCUUUGGUGCUCUCGGCCCUCCAGGCUGGGAACAAAGGGACCCAGGCAUGCAUCACGGCCGCCACUGCUGUGUCUGGGAUCAUUGCCGACCUGGAUACCACCAUCAUGUUUGCCACGGCGGGGACACUGAACGCGGAGAACAGCGAGACCUUCGCAGAUCACAGGGAGAACAUUCUGAAGACAGCCAAGGCCCUGGUGGAGGACACGAAACUGCUGGUGUCGGGGGCCGCCUCCACUCCGGACAAGCUGGCCCAAGCCGCUCGGUCCUCGGCCGUCACCAUCACCCAGCUGGCCGAGGUGGUCAAGCUGGGGGCUGCCAGCCUGGGCUCUGACGACCCCGAGACCCAGGUGGUGCUCAUCAACGCCAUCAAAGACGUGGCCAAGGCCCUUUCGGAUCUCAUUGGUGCCACCAAGGGAGCCGCCAGCAAGCCAGCCGAGGACCCAUCCAUGUACCAGCUGAAAGGGGCCGCCAAGGUGAUGGUGACCAAUGUCACUUCCCUCCUCAAGACUGUGAAGGCGGUAGAGGAUGAAGCCACCCGGGGCACGAGGGCGCUUGAGGCCACCAUCGAGUACAUAAAGCAGGAGCUCACGGUGUUCCAAUCAAAAGACAUACCCGAGAAGACAUCGUCGCCUGAAGAAUCGAUAAGAAUGACGAAAGGCAUCACCAUGGCAACGGCCAAGGCCGUGGCAGCCGGGAACUCGUGCAGACAGGACGACGUGAUCGCGACCGCCAAUCUGAGCAGGAAGGCCGUGUCAGAUAUGCUGACGGCUUGCAAGCAAGCGUCCUUCUACCCUGACGUCAGCGAGGAGGUGCGCACUAGAGCCUUGCGCUACGGCACGGAGUGCACCCUGGGCUACCUGGACCUUCUGGAGCAUGUCUUGGUGGUCCUUCAGAAGCCAACCCCGGAACUCAAGCAUCAGCUGGCUGCGUUCUCCAAGCGAGUGGCCGGCGCCGUGACGGAGCUCAUCCAGGCAGCAGAAGCCAUGAAAGGGACCGAGUGGGUGGACCCGGAAGACCCAACCGUCAUUGCAGAAACUGAAUUACUGGGGGCUGCGGCAUCCAUCGAGGCCGCGGCUAAGAAGUUAGAGCAGCUGAAGCCGAGGGCAAAACCAAAGCAAGCGGACGAGAGCCUGGAUUUUGAAGAACAGAUCUUGGAAGCCGCUAAGUCCAUUGCUGCUGCCACAAGUGCUCUCGUCAAAUCGGCCUCCGCAGCUCAAAGGGAGCUGGUGGCCCAAGGCAAGGUGGGCUCCAUCCCUGCCAACGCCGCCGACGACGGACAGUGGUCUCAGGGGCUGAUUUCUGCUGCCCGGAUGGUGGCAGCUGCAACUAGCAGUCUCUGUGAGGCGGCCAACGCCUCUGUCCAGGGGCACGCCAGCGAAGAGAAGCUCAUCUCCUCCGCCAAGCAGGUGGCCGCUUCCACGGCACAGCUGCUGGUGGCCUGCAAGGUGAAAGCUGACCAGGACUCAGAGGCCAUGAGGCGGCUACAGGUAAUGGUCACUGAUGCUGGUGGGAAAAUACUCCUGUUGGAGCGGGCAGCAGGAAACGCUGUGAAAAGAGCCUCAGACAAUCUCGUGCGCGCAGCCCAGAAGGCGGCCUUUGGCAAGGCUGAUGAUGACGACGUCGUGGUCAAAACGAAGUUUGUGGGCGGCAUUGCUCAGAUCAUUGCUGCCCAAGAGGAAAUGCUGAAGAAAGAGCGGGAACUGGAAGAAGCCAGGAAAAAGCUGGCCCAGAUACGCCAGCAGCAGUACAAAUUCCUCCCGACUGAGCUGAGGGAGGACGAGAGCUAAGGCCAGGCCAAGAGGGGGAUCCUCAGGAGGUGGUCCAGCAAGAACUGGACAAACAGUGUUGCUGAGAGCUGGACACUUACUAGGAACUGGCUGCCUUCCCUCCUGGGGCGAACCCACAGCCCUGAGUCUCUGUCGUCACUUCUCUGUCCUGUCGGGCACCAGCUGCAUGAUCGUGAUGUCACACGGUACAGUGUCCCACCCACAGCUCCUCCAGCACCUCCCAUCAUGCCUCGCGAUAUCUCAGGAGAGAGGGGCACCCGUUUUGUGAACCAUUACCAAAAGAGAGAAGUCAGUAUUACGUUGUUCUUGGACACCUUUAUAUGUUCCGUCCUCCUCGAGGCCUGCUCCGGGGCGUCUUCGUGAAGUCACACCAGGAAAGAAAGAAUGGCUGCCAGGAAUCCGGGGAUCAUCGAUUCCACAAUAUUCUUCCCCAGAGAAGACGGAAGCUAGCGUUGGACGUGGUUAAUCCAAUGCAGAAACGCAAGCCCAGCUGGACGCUGGGGACCCAGAGUGACCGAGUUCCCCUUCUGCGUCCGGGGCGCUGGUUCACCCAGGGAGUGAAGAAUCCUUGACCCUGUUUGCUCGCUUUCUUGACUCAGUGUGUAAGCUCCUUGUAUAAUCUGCACCCAUCUUGUAUUCUGUGGCCCCAAAACAAUCAAAGUUAUUUUUUCCCCCUCCAUAAUGCAAAGGGCAGAGCUGUGGGAGGCUGUGAGGGCGUGGUGGACAGGGGCUGGAAUAAAAUACGUGGGCUCCUUA